ACAUGCCCUUUAUUUGCCUAAAACAAUAAGCGCAUCUAAAACACGAUUAAUAAGCGCGAGUAGCAAUGCAAAGGCUUUGAGGUUUCUUAGUAACAUUUCCACAUCAGUGAUGUAUUAAGUCUUCCUUUGUCAAGCCGUUGAGUUCAGAGGAAAAAAACAAGACAAUUAAAAAGAUGGACAGGUAGGUUUUACUGUCAGAGUGACGCUCGCAGCGAGGGGAGGAGUAAGAGCAGAGCAGGAAAAGCCACUCGAUGUGUCUGUCUAUCAGUUGAGGCUGUCUGAAACCCUCCUGGAUCCCGAAUGUGUGCUACAUUUUUACUGAGGAGACGAGACCCUGGUUCGCUCCCUGGAGUUUAAGAAGGAGAAUUAGUUCAUGUCCAUCUCUCCCCGAGAGUAGAUGUCUGUGUUUUGUUUGUUUUGCCCCACUCAGUUUCGCGUACCGCUCCGGAUGAAGUGCUCGCAUGUACUCGCAGCGGCGACGAGAAUAAUAUUUUCUGACUACUACACUGUUGUUGGAAACUGAAAGGGGACUGAUAACGGAAAUACAACAAAGAGGUUUACCGUGGGAGUUUUCUGUUUUCUUUUUUUUUUUGUCAAAGAAGAAGACGUUUCAAAGUGGCAAGUGCAGAUUUUGAUCUUUUUCGAUGAAGAAGUGUGUGUGUGUGUGCGGUGGUGGGGGGGAGUGACUGAAACUAACCUCUACUGACUACUCUCUUUCCUGCCAUGAACUGAUGUGCGGAGAUGCGUCCGUGAUUGAAUUCGACGUGCUAUGAGUUGGCGAAAUACACUCGUCGUAUACCGUCUUUACUUUUGGGGGUUGUUUGUGUUUUCGGCACGACCGAACAUUUGAAAGGGGACGCAGAUCGAUCUCCGUGUGCGAGAGAUCUGAACUGAUCCGGAGACUUGUAGCCGCCUCCGCAAAAGAAGAAGGAAAAAAAGAGAGAGAGAGAGAAGAAAUUAAAACAUCCAAAGAAGCGCCGCGAAGAGAAAGUUCCCUUUUUAUUUCUUCGUAAGCGCCCCUCAUUUUGACUCCUGCAUGAAAAGUCUUGCGGAAAGUGCUGAACAGCCAGCAUGCCGAGAAGAAAGCAGCAAGCGCCCAGGCGAUCCGCAGCAUACGUGCCAGAGGAGGAGCUCAAGGCCGCAGAGGCUGAUGAAGACAACCUGCAGGACGAUGGGCUGUCCCUAGACGCCCAGGACAACGAGUUUCUGUGCACCGAGGAGGAGGAGAGCAAAGAUGCCCCCAGCUAUCAGAACUCCCCCCUCAGCACUGCAACCAAUCAGGAUGCAGGGUAUGCGUCACCCCUCAGCGACACCAGCGACAGGCUGGCAGACUUCAAGAGCACUUCCUCGAGAGACGGCCAGGAGAAGGAAGAGGCUGCCGGCUCUGACAAUGGUCUGUCCACACAGGACAGCCUGGCACAGAUGAAAGCCGUCUAUGCAAACUUGAUCUCGGAUUCCUCCUGGUCCAGCAUUGCCAGGGAUAUAAUGAAAACCAAGCCUGUGAGUGCCAGCACCAGUAGCAAUGGGAGCAGCCAUAAUGGUAGCAACAACACCACGAGCAACAGCACGACCAAUGGAGGAGGGAUAGCUUAUGACUGGCAUCAAGCUGCGCUGGCUAAAACCUUGCAGCAGACCCCUUACAGCCUCCUGCCAGAGCCCAGCCUGUUUAGUACAGUGCAGCUCUACAGGCAGAACAGCAAGUUGUAUGGCUCAGUGUUCACUGGCGCCAGUAAGUUCCGCUGCAAGGACUGCAGCGCAGCUUACGAUACACUUGUGGGCCUCACAGUGCACAUGAACGAGACGGGACACUAUAGGGACGACAACAAAGACAAAGAGGAGGACAGCAGCAAGAAGUGGUCGAAGCCCAGGAAACGCUCCUUGAUGGAGAUGGAAGGGAAAGAGGAUGCGCAGAAAGUGCUCAAGUGCAUGUACUGUGGGCACUCCUUUGAGUCCUUGCAAGACCUGAGUGUCCACAUGAUCAAAACCAAGCAUUACCAGAAAGUGCCUCUUAAAGAACCCGUGCCAGCUCUAGCCUCCAAGCUGGUUCCCUCUACCAAAAAACGAGCACUUCAGGACUUGGUCUCUCCCUGUUCCCCAGAGUCUAUAAGUAGCACACCUGGUGUUCCCAUGGGUGAGCCAACGAAAGACCAGAAAACCGCUAACCCAUAUGUGACACCAAACAACCGCUACGGCUAUCAGAAUGGAGCCAGCUACACUUGGCAGUUCGAAGCCCGCAAGGCCCAAAUUCUGAAGUGCAUGGAAUGUGGCAGUUCCCAUGACACUCUUCAGCAGUUGACAGCUCACAUGAUGGUCACAGGACAUUUUCUUAAAGUGACCAACUCGGCUUCAAAAAAGGGGAAGCAACUGGUCUUUGACCCAGUGGUGGAAGAGAAGAUUCAAUCCAUCCCUCUGCCACCCACCACUACAAGGCUGCCCGUGUCCAAUAUCAAGUCCCAACCAGGAUCCCCGGCUCAUUCUUCCGGUUCUGAGGAGAAAAAAGACAUGGAAGAGGACAAGAUGGAGGUCACCGAACCAGAGAAGAAAAUCAAAGAGGAAAAAGAAGAUCCAGGUGAGAAAACUGAGACAAACACGCCAUACAAGUAUCUCAGAGAAGAAGAUUUAGAAGAGACUCCCAAGGGGGGGAUAGACAUCCUUAAAUCCCUGGAAAACACAGUCUCCAGCGCGAUCAGCAAAGCCCAGAAUGGAACGCCAACCUGGGGUGGAUAUCCCAGCAUCCAUGCUGCUUACCAGCUGCAGGGGUCAGUGAAAUCGGCCCUGCCCAAUGUGCAGAGCGUCCAAGUGCAGCCAUCCUACACCAACAGUAUAAAAACACAAACACUGUCAUCUGAUCAGUCGUCUACAGUGAUCCAUUCCCCUGGGAGCACCUCUCCCCCGGUCCACAAAAGCAAUGUCUCGGCCAUGGAGGAGCUGGUAGAGAAAGUGACAGGUAAAAUCAAUGUGAAGAAGGAGGAGAGGCCUGUGGAAAAAUGCAAGCCGGCCCAGGUGAAGCCAUCAUCCCCCACCUCCAAAGAGAACAAAGAUUCUCCCAAGCCUGACGACCUCAGCUGCAAGGCAGCAAAGAAAAACAGUGUUGUGGAAGCAGAGCCUGCGAAGAUGCAGAAGGAGGAAAAUCACAUAAAAAAUGGUACAGAUGCCCUCAAACCACCAGUCAGCAAUGGUUGUAACACUUUGGGAAUCAUUACUGACCACUCACCAGAACAGCCUUUCGUUAACCCUCUUAGCGCAUUGCAAUCUAUUAUGAACACUCAUUUAGGCAAAGCAUCAAAGCCGGUAAGCCCCGUCUUGGACCCCUUGGCAAUGUUGUAUAAAAUUAGUAACAGCAUGUUAGAGAAGCCAAUUUACCCCCCAACUCAGGUCAAGCAAGCAGAGUCCAUCAACAGGUAUUACUACGAAAAUAAUGACCAGCCUAUGGACUUGACAAAAUCCAAAAACAGCAAUGGCAAUACCCAUACCACCACCGCCAACAACACCGCCAACAACAGCAGCAGCAGACCCAUCAUGUCCACUUUGUCAGAAUCCGUUUCAUCUCCACUGAGGGAGAAUGCGCUGAUGGACAUCUCCGACAUGGUAAAAAACCUCACAGGGCGCCUGACUCCCAAGUCGUCAACGCCUUCGUCCGUUUCGGAGAAGUCAGACGCCGAUGGCAGCACAUUUGAGGACACCUUGGAGGAGCUGUCCCCAGUGCAGAAGCGAAAGGGCCGGCAGUCGAACUGGAACCCCCAGCACCUCCUAAUUCUGCAGGCUCAGUUUGCCUCCAGUCUGAGGGAAACCCCUGAGGGGAAAUACAUCAUGACUGACCUCGGCCCACAGGAACGGGUGCACAUAUGCAAGUUCACAGGUCUGUCCAUGACCACCAUCAGCCACUGGCUGGCCAACGUGAAGUACCAGCUGAGGCGGACAGGUGGAACCAAAUUCCUCAAGAACAUAGAUUCAGGCCAGCCAGUGUUCCUUUGUAAUGACUGUGCCUCUCAGUUCAGGACUCCCUCUACGUACAUUAACCACUUAGAAUCUCAUUUAGGCUUCAGCUUGAAGGACCUGUCCAAGCUCUCGAUAGAUCACAUACGGGAGCAGCAGGCUGUCUCAAAGGUGAUAACCGACAAGACGUUCGGCACACUCGGGCUGGCGGAGGAUGAAUCCAGCUCCCUUUUCCAGUGCAAGCUGUGCAAUCGAACUUUCGCCAGCAAGCACGCAGUCAAACUGCACCUUAGCAAAACUCAUGGCAAGUCACCAGAGGACCAUCUGGUGUACGUCUCUGAACUAGAGAAGCUAGAGAAGCAGUAAAGUCCAGGUGAGCAGCUGUGUAACUGACCAGAGAAUCAUUGCACUAAAUCUAAUCACAGUACUGCACUAGGCCUGACCUGAGCCUUCGAAAUCAGUCUUACUUAUGUGUAAAACUGCCUAACUGGACCAUGUCUUUUCUAACACUUAUUUUGUAAUGUAUUUAUAUGCUAUUUGUCUGACCUGUGCAUGUCUUUUUGUGAAUCAAGGAUUAACACUUGUUUUCAUUCUGUUUUUGCUCUUCAACAAAUAAAAAAUACAACUACUGUUUCUCUUCAGGCCACAGCUGUGGCCACAAUGCGAAACCUACAGUAUGUCAAAUCCUAAUUGAUAUGAAGAUGCUAAAGUAAAACAAAAAGGAAUGGGUGAGCCCUUUUCGAGACUGAAGUAGCAUUUCUGCACCUUAAGAAAAGUGUAAAACUUUAUUUUAUAAAGAAUACCAGUAUUUUUAUUUUUUCUGCAUUGCGCAAAUUCAGAUUGAUUAUAAUGAUCACUUACUUUUUGACUUUGAAUUCUUCAAAGGAUUUCUUCUCAAUGGUCUAAAUAAAAUCUUCAGUUCUGAAGGCAUCUGCAAGUCACCUUUGUAAGUGUACAAUAUAAAAUAAUUUAAUCCGCAGGCAAACAGAGGGGAAAUAAAUUGCAGCUUUUGGCAAAAAAAAAA